AUUCUGUCGUACGAUCUUGAAAGGUCAUAAAUGGACAACUCAACAGACUUUCCACCAGCUGGUGCAGAAGAAACCAUUUCUUCCACCUGCAGUAUGGCGUCAUACAGUAAGAAACAUGUUUAUUCAAACUCAGGACACACCAAAUCCAAACAGUUUAAAGUUUAUUCCAGGGAAGGAGGUGCUGGAGUCAAGGACUAUGGAGUUUUCCACACCGGCCGCAGCGUUCUGCUCACCUUUAGCAAGACAGUUAUUCAGAAUUGAAGGAGUUAAAAGUGUUUUCUUUGGACCAGACUUCAUCACAAUCACCAAG